AGCCGCUUAGGCUCCCAAAGGCGAGCCUGGGCCGCCCGCGAUGGGCCUGCCAUGAGGUCGCGAGGGGCGGCGGCUCGCUGCGGGCGGCGAGUGCUGCCACCACGGGCACCGAGCAGCACGAGGCGCUCGACACUGCCACGCUGGGCGGCCACCUCGAGCGGGUGCUCGCGAGGCCCGUGCCGACCGUGCCAGAGAUCCAUCCCUCAGUGGGCGUGCCUCGGCUUGCCGGCGCGCUCUCUCACGCCGCUGUGAGGAGGGCGCGAGGCCGGGGACGCAUGCGGCGCGCGCUGGGCUGGGCUCUCUCCAUGGGCUGCUCCGCCCACGCCUGCGCAGGGUCCGCGCGGCGGGCCACGGGCUGCGCGGAGGGCUGGGACUGCGAGCUCGUGGACUGCGCGCAGGAGGGCGCGCCGGACCUGUGCCCGUGCUCCUGCGGGCCAGCCGUUGCCACGACAGGCGGGACCGCUGCCACCAGCUGGACGGGCUGGACGGCGUCCACGGCGCCUGCCGCGGGGGACUUCUCGUCGUGGCAGUGCGCAGAGCCGUGGUGGUGCGCCCUCAUCGACUGCGGCGCCGACGUGUCGUAUCUCUGGCAGUGCUGCGACAGUUGCUCGACAAGAACCUUGAGUAUGAGUAGUACAGCCACUCAGACGGUCACGACAUCAACCAGCACCCCACACACUCUAACUUUUUCUAGCAGCUCAGACACGGCAACAACCACCGCCACGGAUACCUCUGCGACUGUUAGUCGCACGUCGACACGCACUAGCACAAGCUCUUCUGCCACCAUAACUACAACAUCAGCCUCUAUUGCUACCGUCUCUGCUACAUCAGCCUCUACCGCCACCGUCACUGCCACACCAAUCUGGAGCGUGUCGACAUCGGCUUCGAUCAGAGAUGCGGUCUUGCUUGCAGUUGCCGUUUGCGGGUGCACUGCUGGGUGCGUCGGCGUCGGCGUCUCCAUCUGCAUGCUGUGCCCACGGAAGGGUGAGAAGUCAGUCAAUAAAUCAUUUGACGCAGAUUCCGAUCGCCGCGAUGGCGUGCCCAUCCAUGCAACCGCCCCUGGCAUUGAUGUUCAGUGCGGCUCGCACGCGGCGACCAAUGCCGAGGUAUGUCGCGAAUUCAAUUGCGGCGCGAACCUCGUCGAGAUCCUCUCGCGGCGUGAAGAGAAGCCAGAGAUCCCACAACCUCUGCCCCGCCCCACGAGCUUCCUCGCAUCGGAGCCGCCGCAGCGGCCCGCGGCGGCGCCGCCGCGGGACGCGGAUCCUGACUUCUGGACGUCUGCGCACACGCCUUCGGAGGCUACGCAGCGUGAGCGGCCGCAGCCUCCGUGCUCCGAAUGCGGUGGCCGCAUGGCAUGGAGCUGCCGCCGCGACGGGCCGUACCACCAGGGCUGGCACUGCGACAACUUCGCCGAGUGCGGGUCUUCGGGGGCCCGCGACGGGGCCUACAGGUGCGCGACGCAGAAGGGCGGGGUCGAUUGCGCGGACAUCCGCACGCAUCACCAAGCGCGUUCUAUUCGCAAAGUGCCUACUCGCAAACAUCCGAAACACAGAUGUUCGCUUCGAUGAGAUUUUUCGUAGAUCCCCCGCGGCGGAUCCAGCCCAUCUGCGAGCAGCUGCUUUGCGGGUCGGGGAACGCGCUCGCUGCCCGCGUCAGGUCGCGCGUCAGCGUGCCGCGCCAGCGGCCCGCGUGAGCCGCCGCGCGAGGCCGCCGCGUCACCGUGCGAGGACGCCCUUGGCUUUCCUCGCUCAGGUGGCACUGCUCCGCGUGCUGUGCGGACCUCUGCCGCGGCUGCGCCCGCGGCCCGGCGCCCCGCGGGCCGCUGCCGCCCCCGGGCGCGGUCGCCUUGGCGGCGGCGGCGGACGACGGGCAGGGCGCCCUCCUGCCGUCGCUGGGCCUCGCCGCCCUCGAUGCCCUGGACACCCUGCUCGCCGCGGUCGAGGCCCCCAGGUGCCACGUCCAGCCCAGCCGCCCGGCCCCCGACGUGAGCUAGAGGCGCGGGAAGACGCCGCGGAUAAUGCCACGGCAGGGCUCGCGCAGAGGCUCGCUCGGGAGCCCCUGCGUCGCCCGCGUGCACCACGGACUCGGUGGAGCGCCGCGGGAGGGUCUGGCCCGAGGUGACGCCUUCGGAGAGGCCAGGUGACCUCUUCACAUCCCUCUCGCCGGCCGCCGUUGGGGACUGCGCGGGGGCUGCGUUCUGCCUCGGGCUCCCAGGCGAACCCAGCCACGGCGACGCUGGCCCCCAACGGGAGGCCCCAAGAGGCGUGCACGAGGGAAGAGCAUCUCGGCGAGGGGAACAAAGAAACGCCUUAAACCUACCCUGGCUUCUUUCCGAAGAAUUCAUGGCCGCCGAAUGGCCCCCGUGUCUCUGAAGGAGCGGAUGGCCAGGCUUCUCCCUGUCCCCCCCCGCGCCCUCUCCUCCGCCGUCUUCGCGGGAAAACAGUCGAUCAUCAUUCGGGUCU